GGCAUCACUUAAAAACCCACACGCUCUGCACAAAAUUUGUCAAACAAGAUAACAAAAAUCCUCUCUUUCUUCUUCUGACAGCACUUGAGCUACUGAAUAACUCAGUUAGAUUCAUUCUAAGUGAUGCUAGAUCCAUGUUCUUGAAACUUUUGUGUAUCUAUAUAUGUAUGUAUAGGCAUAGCCAAUUUCAGUAGCUAAAAUUUCAACAUAAAAAAUAAAAAAUGCAAGGGGGUGGAUUGGUUUUUCAGUCACCAUUUGUGUUAUCAACUAAAGGGAAGCUUCAGUUUGCUGAUUUAGCUCUACCCACAAGAAUCAUUUUGCCUUUAUUAUCAUCAUCAGCUUCAUUAAAAUGUCGGGAAGUGAGAAGGCUAAACUCCACGAGCAAGAUGGUUAUGGUUCAUGCAUCUAGUGUAGGUGCCGGGGCUGGAGGCUAUGAAGGGAGAGACGAAAAUGACAACCAAAAGAUCUUCGUCAGUCCAUCCAAUGACAGUGACACAUCUGAGAUCAAGAAGCUUCCUUUUCAACUUCCUUAUCCUGCCUCAAUAGCUUUGGUGUUACUUGGAUGUGCCUUGGUGUACUCAUUGAUUGUUUUCGCAAAAGGAUCACCUUCAUCAGUCUUAGGGGCAAUAGCAAAGUCAGGGUUCACUGCUGCAUUCUCUUUAAUUUUUGUGUCUGAAAUUGGCGACAAGACAUUCUUCAUUGCCGCACUCUUAGCCAUGCAAUACGAGAAAGCACUGGUUCUUGUGGGAUCAAUGGGUGCUUUAUCAUUGAUGACGGUCCUGUCGGUCGUAAUUGGACGGAUAUUUCACUCAGUUCCUGCUCAAUUCCAGACUACAUUACCAGUUGGAGAAUAUGCAGCAGUAGCUCUCCUGAUGUUUUUUGGCCUUAAAUCAAUUAAAGAUGCAUGGGACCUUCCCUCAGCUGCAGAAAAAGAUAGUGAGGAAAACACGGCAAACCUCGAUGAGUAUACUGAAGCUGAAGAGCUUGUAAAGGAAAAGGCGUCAAAACGACUUUCAAAUCCACUUGAAAUAUUGUGGAAGUCAUUUAGCCUCGUAUUUUUCGCAGAAUGGGGUGAUCGUUCCAUGCUUGCAACAAUUGCUCUUGGUGCUGCUCAGUCUCCGUGGGGCGUGGCAAGUGGAGCUAUUGCUGGACACCUGCUUGCAACCAUGAUCGCAAUAGUUGGAGGAGCAAUACUUGCCAAAUACAUCUCUGAGAAACUGGUCGGCUACUUGGGGGGAGCUUUGUUUUUAGUUUUUGCGGUGGCCACAUUUUUUGGAGUCUUUUAGUUGGAGUUAUAGCAUUCAGUGUAAAAAUAGGAAGAUUCUGCAGACCAAAUUGCAACCAGCAAGCCUGGUAAUUGAGGCAAAUACUACAUAUACAAAGAGAAGAGCAUGCAAUUUUAAAGCAUAUUGGAUGUAACUUUAAUUAUUUAUGACAGAUUAAAUCUAUAAGCCUGCAAGAUUACCAUUUCUGGGCUAGUAGGAUUUGCCUAGGGGCAGGCAGUUUGUAACUUUGUAUUAUAGAACUCUGUCACCAAUUAUAUCACCAGCAAUCUAGUAAUUUGAACCUCCCC